CUAUAGCAACCGUUGCCUUAGUUUUCAUUUAUGCUAAAUGCGUUUCUCUGAUUAGUUGGGAGCCGCUGUUUUACUCUAGACUCCUGUCUUAAAUUCAAUUGUUAAUCAUCCUUAACAUUUUGUGUUUGUAUUUACUACUGGUCAUCAACGUUAUCAACUUUAAUUAAAUUUGUUAAUUCAUCUCGUCUUUCAACCCGGUUUCGGACAAGUUUAUUAACACUGGAAAUGGCAGAUAAAGAAGCGGUGGAAGAAAGAGUCAUCAAUGAAGAGUAUAAAAUAUGGAAGAAAAAUACACCAUUCCUUUAUGAUUUGGUAAUGACACAUGCCUUGGAAUGGCCUAGUUUAACUGCUCAAUGGUUACCUGAUGUCACUAGGUCUGAGGGCAAAGAUUACUCAAUACAUAGACUCAUUCUUGGUACUCAUACAUCCGAUGAGCAAAAUCACCUUUUAAUCGCAAGUGUCCAAUUGCCUAAUGAAGACACUAAUUUUGACGCAUCACACUAUGAUAGCGAAAAAGGAGAGUUCGGAGGAUUUGGAUCUGUAAGCGGUAAAAUAGAAAUAGAGAUAAAGAUAAACCAUGAGGGAGAAGUUAAUAGAGCCCGAUACAUGCCACAAAAUCCUUGCAUAAUUGCAACUAAGACUCCAUCGAGUGAUGUUUUGGUCUUUGAUUACACCAAACAUCCUUCUCGACCUGACGCUAGUGGAGAAUGUAGUCCUGAUUUGCGGCUUAAAGGUCACCAAAAGGAAGGUUAUGGUUUAUCAUGGAAUCCUCAUGUAAAUGGACAUUUGCUGAGCGCAUCAGAUGAUCAUACCAUCUGCUUGUGGGAUAUCAAUCAUCCUCCCAGAGAAGCAAAAAAUGUCUACGCUAAAACUAUUUUUACUGGCCAUACUGCUGUUGUUGAAGACGUAGCAUGGCACUUGUUACACGAUAGUUUGUUUGGAUCUGUUGCUGAUGACCAAAAACUAAUGAUUUGGGACACAAGGACCAACAAUACUUCCAAACCUAAUCACAUAGUAGACGCUCAUGCGGCUGAAGUUAACUGUCUGUCAUUCAAUCCCUACAGUGAAUUCAUCUUAGCUACUGGUUCAGCUGAUAAAACAGUGGCUCUUUGGGAUUUGCGUAAUCUUAAACUGAAACUCCACACUUUUGAAUCACAUAAGGAUGAGAUCUUCCAAGUUCAAUGGUCUCCUCAUAACGAGACAAUUUUGGCCUCCUCUGGUACAGAUCGAAGACUUCAUGUUUGGGAUCUUAGUAAAAUCGGAGAAGAACAAUCAGCUGAAGAUGCUGAAGAUGGACCACCAGAGUUAUUGUUCAUUCAUGGUGGACAUACUGCUAAAAUCUCAGAUUUCUCUUGGAAUCCUAAUGAACCCUGGGUUAUUUGUUCGGUUUCUGAAGAUAAUAUCAUGCAAGUUUGGCAAAUGGCUGAAAAUAUUUACAAUGACGAGGAGCCUGAAACUCCGGCUUCAGAAUUAGAACCAGUUGCAUCAUGAGGCUCUCCACUAUCUAGCGUUCAUAUAUUUUGUCAACCAAAAUUUGAAGAAACUGGGAAUACACACAAAAAUCAUUUCAAUGGAUUAAAUAAAUUCGUGAUCGUUUUUUAAAAAAUGCGACAACUUUUAACUGCAUACUAUAUGGAUCACAAGCACAUACAAAAAAAUAUCUUGAUCAAUUCGCGAAAAAAUUUAUCAUGAAAUUGAUUCUUUUUCUCCUAAGUCCUUUUCCUACAUAAAAUUUUCAUCAAUCAACAGAGAUAAACCAAUAAAAUUUCUUCAUUUGAUAACUGA